AUGGCAAUUGGACCCAUGCAUAUUGGAAUAUAAGGAUUGCAUUUGCGCAAACGCUUAACUGGGUUUAAUGAUUUCAACAGAAGCUGUAUUAGUUGAAAGUGCAUCGAGGACACCAGUCACAGCAUGACAUUGAUAGUGUGCAUCUGCGAUUAUUGGCAACGCCGUCAUUACUACAAUCGACAGUCCAUACAGGCAGCAGGCGGCACUGACGCUGACAAGAGCCAGAAAAAAUCUGUUCGCCGGCUACAAUUACAGCUAGAUGCCAUCACUGGCAACUAUUGGCUGCGCGAACUGCUUCAGCAGAGGGCGUUGCGCGAGCGACUGCAGACAGAGCACAAUGUGCAGCUACUAUGGCUAUCCUUCCAUCCGCCAGAGCGCGACACCAUCGACUAUAAGUGGGCAGACAUGCUAGCGCAUACAAUAUGGGAACAUAUCGAGAUGGAGCAUCUAAUGUCCUGGCUCUCCACGCUAGGCGGCGGUUUCUCAGCCCUGGGCGAACAAUUCGAGCGCUGUGCCCAGACAGCGGGAAAGAUAUCACUGCAGCAGCUAACGAUUGGUCUGCGAGUCGGCGAUCCAUUUCUGCAGGCGCGCUGCAAGCUCUACUACAGCAUUUCCUUAAUCCAGCGAGGCCAGCUGCGCAAGGCCAAGCAAAUGAUUCGCGCCCAAUAUCAGUUCGCGAAGCAGCACGAGGAGCACGAUCACCGAUUGGUGCGCAUGUGCUUGGGCAUUUGGCUGCGAUUGCGCUACGAGUACGAGGAGCGGAGGAAGCGGAGACUAGCUAUAAAGGAUCAGUCGUAAUUCUCUCGAAGAGAUUCAUUAGAAGACUAAGCAUAAAAUGAAAGCAUGGUUUACUGUUAGUUGUUAAGAUACAAAAUAUACUAUUUACAUAUUCUAUAA